AUGGACUCCGCCACCGAAGGAAAGAACCCCGGUAACGUUAUCGGAGGACACAAGGCCAACCUCCAUAACCCAAACACCUCUCAAAAGUCCAAGGAUCAUUCUAGAGAUAUUCUCGAAGAUAUCGGCAGUUCUACCAAGAGCUCCGGCGGCCGUAGCAUGGCCCACGGCGAUAAUGAGGGCAAGAAUCCAGAUAAUGUUGCUAGAGGAUAUAAGGCUGCCAUGAGCAAUCCGAACGUAUCUAGCGAGGCAAAAGAGCGUGCUGGACACAAGUUGGAGGAGAUGGGUGCAGACUAA